AUGGACGUCGAGAGGCUCAAGAAGCUCGCGGGCUCUGUCCGCACCGGUGGCAAGGGUACCAUGCGCAGGAAGAAGAAGGCUGUGCACAAGACCACCUCCACCGACGACAAGCGCCUCCAGAACACCCUCAAGCGCCUGGGCGUCAACACCAUCCCCGGCAUCGAGGAGGUGAACAUCUUCAAGGAUGACGACGUCGUCCACUUCACCAACCCCAAGGUGCAGGCUUCCAUCGCCGCCAACACCUACGUCGUCUCCGGCCCGUCCCAGACCAAGAAGCUCCAGGACAUGCUCCCGGGCAUCAUCAACCAGCUCGGCCAGGACAACCUCGACUACCUCAAGAAGAUUGCGCAGGCGUACCAGGCGGGGGGUGACGACGUGCCGGCUGUCGAGAACUUCGAGGCGGGUAAGUAA